AUGCUGAGCGACAGGGAAGUCUUUAGUGAAUGGAAAGGAAAAAUAAUACAGGGUACCAUUAACCAAGGUUGUCCCCAGGGAGGGGUGUUAUCACCACUUCUAUGGAUACUGGUUGUUGAUGAGUUAAUACAGAUACUGGAUGAGGACGGAGUCGUCACAGAAGGAUAUGCUGAUGACUUCGUAAUCUUAGUAUCAGGUAAGUAUGAGGAGGUUCUACCGGAUCUCUUAGAGCAGGCCUUGAAAAAAGUACAGAGGUGGUGUGAGGCAAACUCUCUGGCUGUUAAUCCUAACAAAACAGAGAUUGUGGUCUUCACAAGGAAAUACAAAUGUAAGGUUAAGGAACUAAUUACCUUCUACAGGCGACAGGUACCGUAUGCAGAAGGGGUUAAAUAUCUGGGCGUUUACCUGGAUAAGAAAUUGUACUGGACGACGCAUCUUCAGAUGCAGUGCAGGAAGGUUCUGAACAUGUUUAUGCAGUGUAGGUCGGCAAUUGGGACAGGUUGGGGACUGGAUCCACAGAAAACUCUAUGGAUCUAUAGAGCUAUACUGAUACCAAAGCUGACCUAUGCAGCUAUAGUAUGGUGGAAAACUACGGAGAAGGUCACCUUACAGAAGGAGCUGGAUCACAUACAGGCAAUUAUUCUGAGGGGAACUUUUAGACUAAAAAGAAGCACACCUACGGCAGCAGUCAGAAUGAUGCUGGAUGAAGCAGGACUAGACCUGGUAAUUAAGGGAUGUGCCGCUAAAGCAGCUUACAGACUGACUUGUCUUAAGGAGUGGGUAGAAAAUGGGAUGGGUCAUACAACCAUCAAAAAAAUGCUACCUGGAGGGCUUUGUAGCGCAAUACAGGAUAAGAUAAGCAAACACAUUCUCUUUAGGAGGCGUUAUAAGACGAUCAUACCAGAAAGAGAGAAAUGGAGGAAAAAUGAAGUACUUGGACACGGAGACAUCUGGUUCACAGAUUGGUCCAAAGGGGAAAACGGCACAGGCUUCGGAAUAUGCGGGCCUAAAAGGAGCCUAGACUCGAGCCAUAAGCUGAGAGAAUACAAUACGGUAUUCCAGGCGGAAAUGGCUGCUAUAGGAACCUGUGCGAGUAAGUUGCUACUGGAGAAAGUCGUAGGCAGAGUCAUUAGAAUCUGCACCGACAGUCAGGCGUCGAUUAUGGCCUUGGAAACUCCAAUAAGCAACUCGGCACUAGUAAAAGAAGUGAAGAAAACUCUUAAUGACUUGGCAGCUGGGAACAAACUCUACAUUACUUGGAUACCGGGACACUCGGGCUACAAAGGUAAUGCAAGAGCGGAUAAACUAGCUAAACAAGGAGCAGAGAUGAAGGCGGCACCAACACGGGAGGUAGGAAUGCCAUACCGAGAGGGGUGCGGUAAAAUAGAUGAAACCUUGGAAAAGGAAAGAUGGCACAACUGGAACCUCACCGAGGCAUACAGAUAG